AGAAAAUAUUCUACAUGUUAAUAAAAUGCAUCUAAAAAAAUUAUUCAUAGUAAAACUAUUAUUCAUUUCUAUUGUCUUUACAAUAAUUUCAAUCACGUUAUUGUACCUUACAUUUACUGUUAAUAUAAACAAGUACACAAUUCAAAUGAAAUUGUUAAAAUCGGAGUCGGAUAACUUGGAUUUAACCCCUCUGAUAGAUAAGAAUGUAUAUGAAUCGUCAGAAAAUAUGAUGAGAGAUAUUCAGAAUUCGGUACCAAAUCUGCCGGAAGUGUAUUUUAGUAAGACUAAAAGCAAAAAUUCAUUCUACGGUUUAAAUAAAACUUGUGCAAGAUUUCCGCCAACCAUUUUUGACUUGGAAUAUAAUAAUAUAUACUGGCAAACAUUACGAACCUCUAAUGGAACUUUUUAUUUGUUCGGUGCAUAUCUGGAUAAAAGAAAAACUAAUAAAGUGGGACCAAUCGUUCGAAUUCUAGGUAUGUUGGAUAGAAUUGAACCUACAGUGAAGACUUAUUGUCAAUUUUGGUUUUUCAAUAAAAAACAGCCAGUUAUAGUGGAAACUUUUGAAAAACGGUAUAUUUGGAAUAAGAAGUGGGGAAAAGUCUAUUAUAGAAAUGGAUUAUUUUCACCUUAUCUGAUUUCAUGUGCCCUUCCUGGAAAGUAUAAGUCGAAACAACCUAUCAGUGUAUCCUUGGUUGAGCAUAAGUGCCAACAAUCGACCAAUAAUCUAAAGAUUAAUUACAAUAAUCUAAAGGAGAAAAGUGAUUUUGCUGUAUGUGUAAAAGGUUUAGAUUUUUUGAAUGAUUUAUCGGUUCGUUUAGUGGAGUGGAUGGAAGUAUUAUUUUCUAUGGGUGUCGAAAAAAUAUUUUUUUACGAACUGCAAGUACACCCAAACGUAUCCAAAGUGUUAAAUUAUUAUAAAAACCAAAGCAAAAUAGAAGUAACCAAAAUUACAUUGCCAGCUGAUCAACCCAACACAUCUAGUUUUCAAUAUAUGUUUUUGAAAAAUAAAAUAACUAACAAGAGAUUAGACGAGUUAAUUCCAUAUAAUGAUUGUUUUUAUAAAAAUAUGUAUAAUUAUAAGAUGAUAGCUUUACUGGACAUUGAUGAGAUAAUUGUUCCUAAAAACGGCUUUACUUGGCAGGAAAUGAUGAGGAAAAUUUCUCCAAAAUCUCCCAAAUCUAGCUUUUGCGCAAGGAAUAUCUAUUUUAUGGAUAGUAUGCUUAAGGAAGAUAUAUACACAGAAAAUAUUCCCAAAUAUAUGCACAUAAUGCGACACAUAUAUAGAUCUCAAAACUAUACAGAAUUUUCGAAAUUUGAAAAAUGUUUACACAACACUGAUAAAGUUUUAACUUUACAUAAUCAUUUUCCUCUAUCCUGUUUGGAUGGUCCUUGUGAUAAUUACACAAUAGAUGUAAAAGACGGACAUCUUCAGCAUUACAGGUCGGACUGUGUGAAAGAAAUUAAAAAUUGUAAUAACUUUAGAAACAGUAGUAUUAAAGAUGACACUGUUUUGAGAUACAAAGAUCCAGUAGUCAAAAAGGUGUAUAAUACUCUUAAGGCACUAGGUUAUUUUCAAUAACAGUAGAUAUAAAUUAUAUUUAAUUUUAAUAGUUAAGAUUAAAUCCAAAUCUGUGAUACCUACCUCAUUAAUUAUGUAUAUUAUAAAUAUUUAUUACAUAUAUGUAUACAUCAAAGCUACUAAAUAUUGUAAAUAAUAAAAUAUAUAUUUUUAAAAUUUUUAUAUUUAUUUAAUAAUUAAUAAUUUAAUUUAAGAAUUAAGUAACCUUUACAACACAUCUGCUGUUAUUACCGUACAAUUUAAUAUGUUCAUAUUUUAUUAUAGAGUUCAAAAGUGUUUCAGUUCUAUUAACCAAAGACUGAUAUUCCAGAAGCUGCUUUUUCUUUUUCUUUAAUCCCGGCUUAUGAACAAGAAAUGCGUUGUUUAAAACAUUGAAUUU